GGCAGCAAAAAAAAGCCAAAGCCAAGCCCAAGCCCCGCGGAUGCCGCUCGCUCAUUCACAGUUUUCUAGAGAGAUCCGAGCCCGAGCCGGGCAGCCGGGAGACCGCUCCUCAGCCAGCCAGCUCAGCAGCGAGGACAGCGGCAGGGAACAGCCCCUCCCGCCCCGCAGCCCCGCCGGCUGCCGGCCGCUCUCAGCAAGUGAUGGAGUAGCCACCACUUUCCUUUGGAUGGAUUAUGCCACAUGUGAACUGCCUGCUGCUCCUUCUGCCAGAACAAGGAAAGCUCUUCCCUUCCACUUGUUAAAUAGCAGCGAGAAGCUUCUGAAUGGCUCGGGCUGAGGGCAGACCAUCAGUUGAAUGGGAGCUGCACUUCUCCUGCUGAAAUAUCUGAAGCUAAGGGUUUGGAAGAGAGGUGCUUGCAGAGAUGACCCACUUACAGGCUGGGCUGAGCCCAGAGACUAUAGAAAAAGCCCGCCUGGAACUGAAUGAGAACCCAGACAUUUUGCACCAGGACAUCCAGCAGGUCAGGGACAUGAUCAUCACCAGGCCUGACAUUGGGUUUUUACGCACGGAUGAUGCCUUCAUCUUGAGGUUCCUGAGAGCCAGAAAGUUUCACCAAACGGAGGCCUUCAGACUGCUGGCUCAGUACUUCCAGUACCGCCAGUUAAACCUGGAUAUGUUCAAGAACUUCAAGGCAGACGACCCGGGGAUCAAACGGGCUCUGACCGACGGCUUCCCGGGGGUGCUGGAGAAUCGCGACCACUGUGGCAGGAAGAUCCUUCUGCUUUUUGCAGCCAACUGGGAUCAGAGUAGGAACUCCUUCAUCGAUAUCCUUCGGGCUAUCCUACUCUCCUUGGAGGUGCUCAUCGAAGAUCAGGAGCUUCAGAUAAAUGGCUUCAUUCUAAUUAUAGACUGGAGCAACUUCUCCUUCAAGCAAGCCUCCAAGCUUACACCAUCUAUCCUCAAACUGGCCAUUGAAGGGUUACAGGACAGCUUCCCUGCCCGUUUUGGAGGAGUCCAUUUUGUCAACCAGCCCUGGUACAUCCACGCCCUGUACACCCUAAUCAAACCCUUCCUCAAAGACAAGACAAGGAAAAGGAUCUUUCUUCACGGUAACAACCUGAACAGCCUUCACCAGCUAAUACACCCCGAAUGCCUGCCCUCUGAAUUCGGGGGGACUCUCCCUCCCUACGACAUGGGGACGUGGGCUAGGACGUUGCUGGGUCCCGACUACAGCGAUGAGAACGAGUACACCCACACCUCCUACAACGCCAUGCACGUCAAGCAUGCUGCCUCCAACCUGGAGAGGGAGGCCUCCCCCAAACCCAUGAAAAGGUCCCAGUCCGUGGUGGAAGCUGGCACGCUCAAACACGAAGACCAAGGGGAAAACGAGAACACCCAACCCCUGCUGGCUCUGGACUGAGCUCCCACCUGCCCAGCACACACAGCAGAUCCAUUAACAGACUUCCCCCCUCCCAGAACCCCACAGGGCACACACACCACACACAUCUC